CUUCAGUUACUCCUCUGGCAAACAGAUCAUUUCUGCACACUCGCAGAUGUUAAAAUAUUUAGAGGACAAACGGUAAAGCCAUGUUGCCCCUGUCAGUUGGAUUGUUUGUUCUGUUUUUUCUUCACAGCUCAGCAUUAACUCCUCUGAAUGGAUCAGGACUCCUCCCCCGGACUUUUGCUGGUCACUUUGUCAUCUCCCCUGAUGAUCCUGUGGACUAUGUGGACCUGUCUGUGUCUGAGGGGGAGUACAUAGAGUCCGGCUCCGGGUUGGAGCAGGCGCCAGUAAAAAAAAAACACAGCCUUCACGGUCCACAACCCCACAACCAGAAGAGCUUUCACAUCUCAAAGGAAGCUAAACACUUUCUCAAGGGUCACCUGGCAACAAUCUUUGUCCCGACUCUUUACACCUUUGUCUUCAUCAUCAGUGUGCCCCUGAACCUCGUUGCCAUGGUGAUGUUUGUGCGACACAUCCGUCCGAGGAAACCUUCGACCAUCUACAUGCUGAACCUGGCCUGCGCUGACCUGCUGUUCGGCCUGCUCCUUCCCUUCAAGAUCGCCUACCAUUACAACGGCAACAACUGGCUGUACGGCUCCUUCAUGUGCAGAGUGGUCACAGCAGCUUUCUACUGUAACAUGUACUGCUCCGUCCUGCUCAUGACGUGUAUCAGUGUGGACCGCUUCCUGGCUGUGGUUUACCCCAUGAACUCACUUACAUGGCGCAGCCCUCAGACCGCCUCGGUUGUGUGUGCUGCCAUGUGGCUCUUGGCCCUCGGAGGAGUUUCCCCCCUUUUGGUCUCAGGCCAAACCAUGUAUUUAUCAGAACUGGGCAUCACCACCUGCCAUGAUGUGCAGGAUGUCAAAAAUCUACAAAAUUACUACCUCUACUUCUUCCCCAUCUACUCCUCUGUCUUCUUCUUCAUCCCUCUUGUCUUUACUGUUGUCUGUUAUGUACGAAUAAUUCAGGCUCUGCUCGCAGCUAACGUUGAGAACCGCUCCAAGAAGACCCGAGCUGUAGUGAUGGCUGUGGUUGUGCUGGUGGUGUUUAUUGUCUGCUUCACCCCCACCAACAUCAUCCUCAUGAUUCACUAUGUCCAGCUGUCCCACAAGUCCAGUGACAGUUCCUAUCAAGCGUACCUGCUCUCUAUGUGUGUGGGGAGUCUCAGCUGCUGUCUGGAUCCUGUCCUCUAUUACUUUGGCUCCUCUCAGUGCCAGAAGCAGGUGGCGAGGCUGCUCAGGUGUAGGCGGCUGUCAGGAGCAGAGAGCAGCUCAGAGACACAGAGUAUGAGAAGCAGCGGGUGGACGGACAGCACCAGGUCAUGUAAGAUGGAAAGCCUCCAAACAGGCCUGGGGAGCCAGUACAGCAGGCUGGUGGCAUGAAGGGCCUUUCUAUCCCUCUGUGUAAGACACUUUACAGACCCACACACACACCUACAGUGUGAUCAACCAGUCAAUAUGUAGUUAAAUCCCUCCCAAGGGUAUGCUUGUACUGGACCCAAAAACUAUUUCCAAUGCACCUUUACUAUGUUCAGCUUAAUUAUCUCAUGAAAUGAAUCAUUGUUUACAUCAAAUUCAUUUUUAAUUUUGUAACCAUGACAUAUAAAUAAAGCAGUGUGACAGUU